GAACCACUUAACUGCAGCCUGCUUGGAUGGAGCGGGGUGGAUGGCGGAGCGAUUGGGAGAAGAUAAUUCCCAGAUUAAAGAGGCCUCCAGUGCCCAGGAAGGAAGUGUAUUCUGUAGUCAGAUGGCAUUGGAGGCAGAGCGCCGACCCCUGGGUGUGUUUGAGUGCCAGCUGUGCGCCUUAACAGCUCCAUACAGCUACAUGGGGCAGCAGCCCCCUGACACCUGGUCUGUCGUCCUCCUGGAGGAGAGCUACGUCAUGAGGGACCCCUUCACCGCAGACAAGGGCAGAUUCCUGAUCCUCGGCUCCAGAUGCAGUUUGUGCGGCAGGCUGGUGUGUGUGGGCCCGGAGUGCAGUUUAUUCUACUCCAAGAGAUUUUGCCUCCCUUGUGUCCAGGAGAACAUCGAUGCUUUCCCUCAGGAAAUCCAGCAAGACUUGGAGAAAAGGAAAGUUCCAUCAAAGAGGCCUGCCAGCCAGCUGGGGUCUCGGACAUGAGUCUGGUUGGUGUCGGGUCCACAGCAGUGCCCUGCAUGGGGCUCCCGGGCCAUCUGGCCUGUGGCCCGCCUUGUUUCUGGACCCGCGAGAGCAGUGUCUGCAGCCCAGGGGAGCUGGGGUCCCCCUGCAGCAGCAGCAGAGCCGGAAGCCACGCAGAGAAGGCGCCCAAGAGGCAGCCUC